AUGAAGCACAUCUCUUUCUCUUCCAUUGCUCUUUGCUUCCUUUUCUUCUUCUUAGUAACUCCUACUCCUAACAAUAGCAUUUCAACCCUUGAUGCUUCGACCAUCGAUAUAACAAACCGAACCUGCAAAAAAUGUGCGGAGGAAUAUUCCAAAACUUUCAGCUAUGACUUUUGUAUAAGCUCUCUCCAAGCAAUUCCCGUCAGCCAUGUGACAAAUAUUCACGGACUAGCAAUAAUUGGCAUGGAACUAGCUCUAGAAAAUGCAACCAACACCAUUUCAACCAUUAAGUACUUGUUGAGUUAUGGAACUUUAGACCGCUUUGCCUUGGUUGCCUUACAGGAUUGUUUGGAACUAUAUGCAGAUGCUCUUGUGACAAUAGUAGAUGGUGUGGCAGCAUUUCUGACAGAACAUUAUAGUGUCGCUAACGUGAAGGUGAGUGCAGUUAUGGAAGCAUCAACCACCUGCGAAGAAGGGUUCUCAGAUAAGACAGGAGUGGUUUCUCCAUUGACAGAAGAGAAUUACAAUCUCUUCCAGUUAUCUGAUAUAGCACUGUGUAUCAUUCACAUGCUCAGUCUAGCUGUAUGUAAAUAA